GCUUUCUUAUAUGGGUGAGUCAAAAUUUAUGAGUAUGCUUUAUUUUCAUAUUGGUGAGUCAAAAUCAAUUUCAAGGACAUCUAGUUUAGCUAAUACUUGUCCAAUUAAAAGUAAAACAUUGUUUUCGCUCCUAUCUUUUGAUUACGGGAAGCAACCUAAUUGGCUAAUUAAUUAAUUAAUUAUGCACUUCUUAGAAUAAUUACCAGUCACUGAGGCACUGACCCACUUUCAAGCUUGAAGCUUCUCUCCCACUUUCAAGUUUCAAGCUUGGAGCUUGUAUUAGGAGUAUCUUAUCCAAAAUACAAAAUGCGAUUAUUUUCUCUCUACAUUUUUCAUUUAAUAAUUCUAGUUUUCUCUCUCCUCCUCAUCACUCCCACCCAAUCACAUCUGACCACGUCAGCAAUCCAGCUCCCAUCCCAGUCACCAACCAUCUCCGUCACAGACUUCGGCGCCGUCGGAAAUGGGCGACAAUACGACACAAGGGCGAUCCAAUCAGCAAUCGACGCGUGCCCAAUUCCAAAGACCUGUCACGUGGUAUUCUCAUCACCUGGCGCCUACCUAACAGCGACGAUCCACCUCCGAUCCGGCGUCUUAUUGGUCGUUGAGGAAGGUGCGGUGAUUUUAGGGGGGACUCAGCUAGAGGAUUACCCUAAGGAGUCGGAGAAAUGGUACGUUGUGUUGGCGGAGCAAGUGGAUAACGUGGGGAUCACAGGUGGUGGGGAGAUCAACGGUCAGGGAUUGGAGUUUGUGAAGAGGUUUGAUGAAAAGAAGAAUGUGAUGGUAAGCUGGAAUCAGACGGGAGCGUGUGCAGGGGAUGAGUGUAGGCCACGGUUAGUGGGGUUUAUUGGUUGCAAAAAUAUUAGCGUCUCCAAUAUCAACCUCAUUGAGCCGGCUUAUUGGUGCUUACACAUAGUAGAUUGUGAUAAUAUUGGCAUUCAUGACGUGUCCAUCUAUGGGAACUUUAAUUCGCCAAACAACGACGGGAUUGACAUUCAAGAUUCUAACAACACAGUCAUAAGCAGAUGCCACAUUGACACAGGCGAUGAUGCUAUAUGCCCAAAGACAUACAAUGGACCUCUUUAUAACUUAACUGCUACUGAUUGUUGGAUCAGAACAAAAUCUUCAGCAAUCAAGCUCGGUAGUGCCAGCUCAUUUGAUUUUGUGCACUUAUUGUUCGACAAUAUUACCAUCUUCCAGUCUCAUAGAGGCCUUGGACUUCAAAUUCGCGAUGGAGGGAACGUUAAAGACAUAACCUUCUCCAACAUAAACAUCAGCACCAGAUACUACGAUCCCUCAUGGUGGGGAAGAGCAGAGCCUAUUUAUAUAACAACAUGUCCACGGUACUCAAAUGGGAAAGAAGGGUCAAUUUCUGAUAUUCACUUCAUCAACAUUACAUCAGUUUCUGAAAAUGGAGUGUUUUUAUCUGGUUCUAAAGGCGGUCUUAUAAGGGAUUUGAAGUUCAGCAAUAUCGAUCUCACAUACCGAAGAUGGACCAACUAUAUUGGGGGGUUGGUAGAUUACAGGCCUGGAUGUUCAGGGCUUGUUAAUCAUAAUAUGGCAGGGAUCAUUAUGGAAUACAUAGAUGGUUUUCAAGUUGAAAAUUUCAACAUGAGAUGGUCUGAACAAAAAUCAGUUGGAUGGGAUAAUCCCUUGGAUUUUAGGCCUUCCACUGUCAAUAACAUUUCCUUUGUAAAUUUUCAUUCUAGUUUCUAUCACCACCACUCCAUUUGAAGGGAAUUUAUCAUUCUUGCUUCCCUAGUUAAGGAAGUAAAGUACAGAAAAUUUGCAUAAUGUUGAUAAUUUUUGCUGCUUAUGGUUGUAUAUUGAUGUUUGUAAACAAGAAAAUCUAUCUUAAUCUGUAUUGAUUGUUUGGCCAAUCAUAAUGGAUAUUUUCUUGUCAACAUCAUUGUUGUUUGAACAUCUCAUUGGUAAUGGAAUGUUGGAAAUAGCUCA